AGGUUUCAAGUGUUCUUAGGGAUAUUUUAAAUCAGGAAAGUUUGGUGCGCCUCUCUAUGAUACAGAAAAUUCAAAUAUUAAUGAUGGAUGUCAUAGGCAACAGAAAUAUAACUGAAAGUUUGAUGAAAAGGCUGGAUUUCAUGACAGAAAAAAAUCAUGUCUUAGAGAAAAGACAGAGGAAAACUGAAGAGGAGAAUACAAGAUUUAAGGAGGAAUUAAAAUUUUUACGUUCCACAAUAGGUAUCACUAGAGAUUCUACAGAUGACAGUGUUACACUUAAAUGAGACAGAAAUACCAAUAAUGAAGAAGCAAACUUCGUCUCCACAGAGAGAAAAACACCAGUUAACUCGGGAAAAUACAGAAAUAAGAGCACAAGUGGAGGGUUUUAUCAGGAAAUACAUAGAUGAACGAAUCGGGGAACUUGAUUUCGAAAGUUUGAAAAAUGAAAGUUUGUUUCUUGGAAAGAUAUAUGAAGGUCUGUCACUCGGAUUCGAAAAAAUGCAAGAAAGGUUAUUUCAAAUGAACAAAACAAUAAACGAAGAUAGAAAUGCAAAUGACUUAAAUGCUUGGUUAUUGACAGGCCAGGGAAACUUGAUGACUUUUUCUUCUUUCGUCAACCGAACAACGGAACAUAUUUUUCAGGAGCAAAACAACGUUUCUCAGAACUUAAAGAAUAUUUCUGCACAAUUGUCAGAGAGAUUGUCUCCUCCAACAAAGAACUCCAUUGCAUUCUACGCGUACAUGUCUCAGAACACUCCAACAAUAUCUGUUCAAUAGUCUUUGAUAUUUGAUGUAGUGAAAACAAACGCUGGGAACGGCUACCAUUCCGCUACGGGAGUAUUUGUUGUUCCAGAAACUGGGUUGUAUGUAUUCACUUGGACAAUACGGGUUUGGUGAUAUUCAUCACUCAACAGAGGCGAUGGUUGAUACAGAUGUACUGGGGGUAAUUCACGUCAAUGCAGGUAUUGGAGGAGAUCUUGGAGGAACAGGAAUUGUUGUUGCACACGUCAAUGCAGGAGAUGAUAUCUUUGUGCGCACGUAUGCAUCAUAUAAUAAAGGCCCUAUUAUUAGUGGCGCUGCAGGAAGAUCGUUCUUUGCAGGAUGGAAACUAUUCUAAAUAGAAAUAAUAACUGAUAUCGAAGGAAUACCUAAGAUAAUCCCUGUGUAUCACACAAACGAGAGUCUAAAGUGACAAUCUUUCUCAAGUGUAAAAAUAAAAACAUCACUGGAAACAUUUCUACGGGGGAUGUCCAAAAGUUAUUGGACAACUGCUUCAUUUUCUUAAUAAAGCCCACAAUGGGAAGCAUUUACGAUAAUAUAUUAAUAUAGACCAAAUUUUGGUAAAUAUACAAAAGAAUUAAACAAUACACACUAUAUAAUGAAUAUUAUAGGCUUAAAAACUUUGUAUAUGCAAGCAACACGGGCCAGUCUGACGUAACGCUAACUUUAUGAUAACGUCAAAAAUAUGGAUUUUGAUUUUUUUUUUCGCAUGUUCAUAGACACGCGCUAAUAAUUGAUUUGAUAUCUAAAAUUAAAACAAUAUAGACGAUAAUUUACGGGCUUCUUUCAUAUAAUCUAGUCUGCACAGCCCUGUCCAACGGCGCUAGAUUUAUAACAAUGUCAUGAAUAGGGAUACCCUCUUUACAUCAAACAACAGUUAUUUUCCACUUCUUGUAGUGUCUUUACAAAUCAUUGAAAAAGCGUAUAAAUCAGUUAUAAAGCAACAAAAUAUAUAAAAGUUGUUUGAAUAAAUAUUUGGUGUCUGGCGUCGGUUCAACCAUAUGAAAUCAUAACUAUAUGAUUGGAUGCUGUCCAGUUCGGAAUGGCCGACUUCGCUUAU